UGCGAUCAGGCCAUUAAAGACACGCCUCUCCCUCACCCUUAUCUCUCGUCCUUGGGACCAAAAAACCACUGCCCUUCCCAGAAACCAAAAGUAAUCCAAAAUCUUGAGCUUUAUUUUUUUCCACCCCUUCCUUAAAUGCUGUCCCAGAUGUCAGAAUUACCUCACAGUCAAUGCUAACUUAGCUUCAAUUUAAUGCAUCCUGUGCGUUUGAGGUGAAGGCCGAGGAGUUAGACUAGCCCUUUUCAUCAUUUUUACACAUGGCAAAUCCUAGCCUUGUUACGCAUUCUUGAUGCUUCCUUGCUUCUAUUUAAGUGGUGGAUAGGACGCGAGCGGAGUUCGUGUCUUUCUAUUCUUUUUGGGGGAACUACCAGCUCGCGAGUCCCUGAUAGGCUUCUCUGCUUGACCUGGUUGGUGUAAUUAGAAAUUUGCACAAUGAGUUACUUGGGUGUAGGAGUGAGUCGGAAUGUUCCUGUUUACCAUGGGAGCAAUUUGAAGGUGGUUGAUAGGAGGGUGAGGAUUGCUGAAUUGGUUUUGAGGUGUUUAAUUUGUGGCCUGGCUGUUCUUGCUGCUGUUCUAAUUGGGACUGACACUCAAGUCAAAGAAAUAUUCACCAUCAAGAAGGAAGCUAAGUUCACGGAGAUGAAAGCUCUUGUCUUUCUGGUAAUAGCCACUGGGAUUGCUGCUGCCUACUCAUUUGUCCAAGUUCUAAGGUGUAUUACAAGUAUGAUCAGGGGCAAUGUGCUCUUCAACAAGCCCUUGGCUUGGGCUAUUUUCUCUGGAGAUCAACUGAUGGCUUACCUGAGUCUGGCGGCGGUGGCGGCGGCAGCACAAUCUGCUGUGUUUGCCAAGCUGGGGCAGACUGAGUUACAAUGGAUGAAGAUAUGUAAUAUGUACGGGAAGUACUGCAACCAAGUAGGGGAGGGGAUAGCCAGUGCACUGAUGGUUAGUCUUAGUAUGGUGGUUUUAUCUGGCAUCUCAGCUUUUAGUCUCUUCCGUUUGUACGGAGAGAACAAGGGAAAGAACAGUUCAAGAUGGUAGACAGACUGGGCUGAAUUAUGUCAUCAGCUCAUGGUACAUGAUCCUGCUGGAUCUUCACUGUGACCCUUUUAAGCAUCAUAUAUGUGUAACCUGGUGGACUUUCUUUCUUCCUGUAAAAUAAAAACAAACACCUGCUUUUUGUGGGAUCUUCUAUGUUCUGUCGCUGCUGCUUCUUGCACUAAAACGAAAUUCACUGUUCUAU